AUACACACUUGCAAUUUGCAAAGCACAGGACCAUCUCAAAGUGGCGUAAAUGAGAACUAGAUUUUCGUCUGCAGUAUCCGACCGAUCCGACUGUUAUUUUGAUAAAAAGACAGAAAAAUGGCCGCAAUGAUGUCCGUUUGCAGAAACUUUGGGAAAGUGGGGUUACACAGUCGCUUGAUACUUGGAAAUCCCUGUUUAGCUGCUCUUUCAAAAAAAAACAUUAUAUUUUAUGAGAAUAAAAUUGUGCCUGUAUCGCAGAAUGCACUUCAUUCUGUGAAAAACUUCACUGUGGGUCCCAAGGCUCUUGCCGAGACAGCCUCUUGUAAGUCAGCAGAUGAUCACACAAAACUUUGGACAUUAGAAAGAGGUUUAGCACUUGCUCUGGUCCCUCUUGUACCUGCAGCAUUUCUAUUCCCUUCCGCAGCAAUGGAUUACUUGCUUGCUAUUUCUUUCACACUGCACGCUCAUUGGGGUUUGGAGACUAUUGUAGUAGACUACAUGAGACCAAAAGUGGUUGGCCCUGCAUUAGCCAAACUUGGUGUUGCUGUUGUUUAUGGAAUUUCAGUUUUCACUCUUGGUGGACUUUUCUAUUUUAAUUAUUCUGAUGUAGGAAUUGUUAAUGCUAUCAAAAUGUUUUGGAAGUUGUAAAAACAUCAGGGAGUAAGAAAGAAUAUGCAUACUACAUUACAAUGGGCUUUGUUUCAGAAGUGUGCAUGUUAUGUAUUAGAAUGUCCAAUAAAAAUAAAACAAGUUGUAAA